AUGUCUGAAUCAUUAAGAGAAACAUUCCAAAGAUGCAAACAAGAAGGUCGUAAUGCCUUAAUCAACUUCAUUACUGCUGGUUUCCCAACUGUUGAUGAUACCAUCCCCAUCCUCAAAGGUAUGCAAGAUGCCGGGGUAGAUAUCAUCGAAUUAGGUGUCCCAUUCUCCGAUCCUAUUGCUGAUGGUCCUACCAUUCAAGCUGCCAACACUGUCGCAUUAAAUAACGGUGUUUCAGUAGUUAAAUGUUUACAAAUGGUUAGAGAUGCCAGAGCUCAAGGUGUUACCAUCCCAAUCAUUUUAAUGGGUUAUUAUAAUCCAAUUUUAAAAUAUGGUGAAGAAAAAUUAAUUGAAGAUGCUGCUAAUGCAGGUGCAAAUGGGUUCCUUGUUGUUGAUUUACCACCUGAAGAUGCUAUUAAAUUUAGAAGUACUUGUGCCACUAAUGGUGUCUCAUAUGUUCCUUUAGUUGCCCCAGCAACUACUAAUGAACGUUUGAGAGUCUUGGGUAGUAUUGCUGAUUCUUUCAUCUAUGUUGUUUCUAAAAUGGGUACCACUGGUGCGUCAAAGACUGUUUCAGCCGGUAUUGAUGAAUUAUGUGCUCGUGUUAGAAAAAAUGCUGGUGAAGAUAUCCCACUUGCGGUUGGAUUCGGUGUUUCCAAUAGAGAACAAUUCUUAGCUGUUGGUGAAUCUGCCGAUGGGGUCGUCAUUGGAUCUAAAAUUAUAACUUUGGUUAGUGAAGCUCAACCAGGUCAAAGAGGUAAAGUCGCAUAUGAUUACGUCAGAUCUAUUCUUGGUGAUGAUUUUAAAGCAAAUGCUCCAACAGCAUUCCAAAGAAGUGAAUCUAAUUUAUCCGUACAAACCAAACCAAUGCUUGAAGAAUCUCAUAAAUUUAAUCCAAGAUUCGGUGAUUUCGGGGGUCAAUAUGUUCCUGAGGCUUUACAUACCUGUUUAGCCGAAUUAGAAAAAGGAUUUGAAGAAGCUGUUGCUGAUCCAGAAUUCUGGAAAGAAUUCCGAGCUUUAUUCACUUAUAUCGGUAGACCAUCUUCCUUACAUAAGGCCGAAAGAUUAACCGAAUAUGCCGGUGGGGCCCAAAUCUGGUUAAAGAGAGAAGAUUUAAAUCAUACUGGUUCCCACAAAAUUAACAAUGCCUUAGCCCAAGUUUUAAUUGCCAAGAGAUUAGGUAAGUCCAAAAUCAUUGCCGAAACCGGUGCUGGUCAACAUGGGGUUGCUACCGCUACUGCAUGUGCUAAAUUCGGGUUAGAAUGUACUGUUUUCAUGGGAGCUGAAGAUGUUAGACGUCAAGCUCUAAAUGUUUUCAGAAUGAGAAUCUUGGGGGCAAAAGUUGUUGCUGUCAAAAAUGGUACUCAAACUUUAAGAGAUGCAACUAGUGAAGCUUUCAGAUAUUGGGUUUCUAAUUUACAAACCACUCAUUAUGUUGUUGGUUCUGCAAUUGGACCUCAUCCAUACCCAAUCUUAGUCCGUACUUUCCAAAGUGUUAUCGGACAAGAAACAAAACAACAAUUCCAAGAAUUAAAUGAUGGAAAAUUACCAAAUGCCGUUGUGGCCUGUGUUGGUGGUGGAUCAAAUUCAACAGGGAUGUUUUCUCCAUUUGAAAAAGAUACCGAAGUUAAGAUGUUGGGUGUAGAAGCCGGUGGGGACGGGUUAGAUACCGCCCGUCAUUCCGCCACUUUAACUGCUGGUAUUCCAGGUGUUUUCCAUGGGGUUAAGACAUAUGUGUUACAAGAUCAAGAUGGACAAGUGUUUGAUACUCAUUCCGUUUCUGCUGGGUUGGAUUAUCCUGGUGUUGGUCCAGAAUUGGCAUUUUGGAAAGCUACUGGUCGUGCUGAAUUUAUCGCUGCGACUGAUGCUCAAGCUUUACAAGGUUUCAAGUUGUUGUCACAAUUAGAAGGUAUUAUUCCUGCUUUGGAAUCUUCUCAUGCCAUUUAUGGUGGGGUUGAACUUGCAAAGACCAUGGCUAAGGAUCAACAUAUUGUGAUUAAUGUUUCUGGUAGAGGGGAUAAGGAUGUUCAAUCCGUGGCUGAGGUUUUACCUGUAUUAGGUGAACAAAUUGGUUGGGAUUUAAGAUUUGAAGCUGAUCCUUCAAAGUAA